UAAAGUUCAGCAAGCAGGUGACAGGCUGAAAGGGAACACGUGACUGUCUGGAAUGUAUGUUGUCAACAUUCAUAGCUGAUAAGAUGCAGAAAAUUCAGGCACGCUUACCUCUUAAUCAGGAAGAAUGACUGUAACAAAAUCAAGAGACCUUUGCAUGAAAUCCAGAACAAGUGACAAGGCAAAAAUAAGUCACAGGUGAAUCAUCAUUCAUCUACUAAUAAUGAAACCUAUCAAGAAAGAUUGGCACGAUUAGAAGGCGAUAAAGAGUCUCUCAUACUGCAGGUUACAAUACUGGGUGGAACUUUACUUCAGUCCCUCUGUCAAGCUUGUUUUCUUUCUCUGGAAACUGCAUUAGAUUGAAGGAGGGGCUUGAGUUUGCUUCUUCUUGCUUUCUGACCUCUCAGGGUUUUCUGUGUUCCAUUACCCUUGUAAUGCGAGCAAAAUUUAAAAAAGUUGAACUUUGCCUCUGCUAAAACAUGCCUUUUACUUACUGCAUUCUUUGUAAGUUCGACAUGCUUUGUUAUAGGUGAGCGUUCUUACAGACCAGGUAGAAGCUCAAGGAGAGAAAAUACGGGACUUAGAAAUCUGUCUUGAGGGACAUCAGUUGAAACUGAAUGCUACAGAAGAAAUGCUUCAACAGGAGCUGCUAAGUCGAACAUCACUGGAGACUCAGAAAUUAGAUUUAAUGGCUGAAGUUUCCGACUUGAAGAUUAAGCUUGUUGGCAUGGAAAAGGAACAGAGUGAAUACGAAGAGAAACAGAACAAAGCUGAGGGUUUGCUACAGGAACUCAGACACCUCAAAAUUAAAGUGGAAGAACUGGAAAAUGAAAGAAAUCAAUAUGAGUGGAAAUUAAAAGCAACUAAAGCUGAGAUAGCCCAGCUUCAGGAGCAGUUAGCUCUCAAAGAUGCAGAAAUUGAACGCUUACAAUGUCAGCUAUCUAGGACCUCAUCACAUAGCGAAGUUGCAGAAAGAGAGGAAGUUUAUAAGAGAAGGCUAAAAAAAAACCAUCAAGAAGUACAACGGUUGAAGAUAGGAAUGGAAUCAUUAUUGGCUGCAAAUGAAGAAAAGGAUCGGCGAAUAGAGGAGUUAACGCUACUGCUAAGCCAGUACAGGAGGGUCAAGGAGAUAAUGAUUGCAGCUCAAGGCUCUUCAGACAGAAUUGUCUCUGGUGGCAGUGAAGAAGAACUUGAGGCAACUUUAAGGAAGUUGAAUGUUUUGAAUAAUCCUCAAGGAGAAGUAUUUAAAGCAGAGGCCUCUGCAGGAGAAUUGUCACCAGCUUUGCUAUCUCCAGUGACGCACAAAACUACGGAAAUCAGGGUUCCACAGAAAAAAAAGUCAAGUAGCUUAGAAGACUUGCAGAGUGAAUCCCUGGAAAAGUAUGUAGAUGGAAAACCAGUACAGCCUGUUGUAGAACAAGAGAGUAAGCCACUUGUGAAAGGCAGCAAAUAUCAAACUUUGCCAGGAAAACUUCCUCGACCCACGCAGAAUGGAGACCAGGGGACAUAUAAUGAGUCAAAUGCACCUGACACGAAUGACACUGAGUACAACAGCAUCCUGGGCCUGAGAGAAACAGAGAACACGGACGGUACAGUAGUUUCAGAUGAUCUUUCACCUCUUUCUUUGGGAAUGGAUUCAGGUCCACACUCUCCACUGUCUCCAGAAAACAGAAAGAGUCCAAAAGGAAUCAAGAAAAUCUGGGGAAAAAUAAGAAGAACUCAGUCUGGCAACUUCCCUGCAGACGAUCUGGGUUUGGCAGAGUUUCGAAGGGGUGGUCUCCGUGCAACAGCCGGACCUCGGUUAUCCAGAUCAAAGGAAACCAAAGGCCAAAAAAAUGACUACAAUGCUCCAUUUGCUCAGUGGAGUACUGAAAGAGUUUGUAACUGGCUUGAGGACUUUGGUCUUGGGCAGUACGUCAUUUUUGCCCGGCAGUGGGUGACUUCAGGCCAUACACUGUUAACUGCGACACCUCAGGACAUGGAAAAGGAAAUGGGAAUAAAGCACCCACUGCACAGGAAGAAAUUAGUUUUGGCCAUUAAAUCAAUAAACACAAAACAAGAUGAGAAGUCUGCACAACUCGAUCAUAUCUGGGUGACGCGCUGGCUUGAUGAUAUUGGUUUACCUCAGUACAAAGACCAGUUUCAUGAGUCCAGAGUUGAUGGGAGAAUGUUGCAGUACUUAACUGUGAACGACCUUCUCUUUCUAAAAGUCACCAGUCAGCUGCAUCAUCUGAGUAUUAAGUGUGCCAUUCAUGUGCUGCACAUCAACAGUUUUAACCCCCACUGUCUACGCAGACGACCAGUUGAGGAGGUAAAAAGCAAUGUUUCACCUUCUGAAGUGGUGCAGUGGUCCAAUCACAGAGUGAUGGAAUGGCUCAGAUCAGUUGAUUUGGCAGAAUAUGCACCAAACCUCCGAGGAAGUGGAGUGCACGGUGGCCUCAUUAUUCUUGAACCUCGCUUCAACGGUGACACACUGGCAAUGCUGCUGAAUAUUCCACCUCAGAAGACCCUACUGCGACGCCACCUAACAACCAAUUUUAAUGCAUUAAUUGGGCCAGAGACACAGCAAGAAAAAAGGGACAUAACGGAGUCAACAGCAUACACACCUCUGACCACCACUGCCAAAGUUCGGCCAAAGAAACUUGGAUUUUCACAUUUUGGAAAUUUAAGAAAAAAGAAAUUUGAUGAAUCAACGGACUAUGUUUGUCCUAUGGAUACAAACCCAGGUGCUACAAAUGGUACUCAGAAGAGCUACACUGGAUACAAAGGCCUCAGUCCACUCACUGAUAGGGAACUGGAUCAGGUGGGACAAACAGACUGAUGCCAUUCUCAUCUCAUCCUCUUCCUGCAUUCCAAAGCUUGCAAAUAAUCAAAUGUUAGCGUAUAACAGUAUUUGCUGUAUCUGCAUGAACUCAUUGAGAAAGUACUGGCUAUGGACACUUGAAAGAGUUCUAUACUAAGAAUGUCAAGGUGUGUUUGGUUUUUUUUUUGUUUUUUUGGUUUUUUUUUCCAUCAACAUAACAAUGAACUCAUUCAUCUUCAAGCCCUUUUUCAGGAACCUGACACCUUUACACUACCACAGUCAGUGUAUUUUGGCAAUUAAGGUAGAGGCUGCAGUAAACAGAAGACUUUUGUACUUCCGGCUUUCAUAAACUGAGUAUGGCACACACCUUUUUUCUUUAUAUGGGCAGUUUUUAAUGUGAUAAGUUUAUUUGGACUAAUUUGUACAGAACUAUCGAGUUAUAUAUUAAAGUACAACUGGAUCAUAGAUUUCUAACAGAUUAAUCAAGGAUUCCAACUGCAUUAUGUACAUGGGAAGUAGUUAGGCUUAAACAGUAGACAUGGAAACAAUGGCCUCAGUAAUGAACAAAAUUAUUAAUAAACCAACACUUAAAUAAUUCA